GCCGCGUCCUGCCCGGUAGUCCCGCAGCGUCCUGCCCGCGCGCACUUCGCCGCGUCUUGGCGUCUACGAGCUUUCUGGUGCUCCGCGCGCAGCUAUGGCUCAGCACUUCUCCCUGGCCGCCUGCGACGUGGUUGGCUUCGACCUGGACCACACUCUGUGUCGCUACAACCUGCCUGAGAGCGCCCGGCUCAUUUAUAAUAGCUUUGCUCAGUUCCUGGUCAAGGAGAAAGGGUAUGACAAGGAAUUGCUCACUGUGACUCCAGAGGAUUGGGAUUUCUGUUGCAAGGGCUUGGCAUUGGAUCUGGAAGACGGGAACUUCAUUAAACUUGCAGAUAAUGGCACCGUGCUCAGGGCAAGCCACGGCACAAAGAUGCUGGCUCCAGAGGUGCUGGCGGAGGAGUACGGCAGGAAGGAGUGGAAGCACUUCACGCCAGACUCGGGAAUGGCCUGCCGGUCAGGAAAAUAUUAUUUUUAUGAUAACUACUUUGACCUGCCUGGAGCUCUUCUGUGUGCCAGAGUGGUGGACUCUUUAACGAAGCAGAACAGUGGUCAAAAACCAUUUGAUUUUUGGAAGGACAUAGUUGCUGGUAUACAACAUAAUUAUAAAAUGUCAGCUUUUAAAGAAAACUGUGGAAUAUAUUUUCCAGAAAUAAAGAGAGAUCCAGGCAGGUAUUUACACACUUGUCCAGAAUCUGUUAAAAAGUGGCUUCGACAGCUAAAAAAUGCUGGGAAAAUUCUUAUGUUAAUUACCAGUUCUCACAGUGAUUACUGUAGACUCCUCUGUGAAUAUAUUCUUGGGAAUGAUUUUGAAUAUCUUUUUGACAUUGUGAUUACAAAUGCAUUGAAGCCUGGUUUCUUCUCCCAUUUACCAAGUCAGAGGCCUUUCCGGACACUUGAGAAUGACGAGGAACAAGAGGCCCUGCCAUCUCUGGAUAAACCUGGCUGGUACUCCCAAGGGAAUGCGGUCCACCUUUAUGAACUUCUGAAGAAAAUGACUGGCAAACCUGAACCCAAGGUUGUUUACUUUGGUGACAGCAUGCAUUCAGAUAUUUUCCCAGCCUGUCAUUAUAGUAAUUGGGAGACAGUCCUCAUCCUGGAAGAGCUCAGAGGGGACAGAGACGGGAAGCCUGAGGACUCAGAGCCUCUAGAGAAGAAAGGAAAAUAUGAGGGACCGAAGGCAAAGCCUCUAAAUAGAUUAUCUAAAAAAUGGGGCUCUUUUUUUAUUGAUUCAGUUUCCGGACUGGAAAAUACAGAAGAUUCCUUGGUUUAUACAUGGUCUUGUAAGAGAAUCAGUGCUUACAGCACUAUUGCAAUUCCAAGUAUUGAAGCAAUAGCAGAAUUACCCCUGGACUACAAAUUUACAAGUUUCUCUUCAAACAAUUCAAAAACAGCAGGCUAUUAUCCAAACCCUCCAUUGGUCUUAUCAAAUGAUGGGAAACUGACAACCAAAUAAACUAUGUUUACUGAAAAGUGAAGAACCAUAUGUACAGCAAAUGUACUGUAAAAAUGUUAAUUUUCAAAAACUACUGUAAAAGCUUUAUAGAAACAAAUUCUUAAUGAAGUGACCAAGAAAUUGGUAUGUUUUUCCAUAGGUCUUCUUUCUAUAGAGAUCAUCUUGAUACCCAGCAACUUUCAUUAUGUUAAAAUCUCAAUAUC